GAAAAAGCGAUUGGCACUAACGCGUGAGCUAAAGGUUGGACACUAAAAUGGCAGCCAGCAGUACGCCAAGUAUCAAGUCUACUGUAUCGUUCGGCUUCUCGAAAAAGAUUGAGACCAAAAGACUAGAUAACUCGAUCGCCGGUGAAAAGAAUGAAGACAAAAAUGAAAGGCCAGACUUUGUGUUAUCCGUCGAAGAAAAAGAAAUUAAAAGUUCUGCGCCUCAACUCAAAGUAAACAAACGUGAAUACGUCAUUCCAUUGAUCAAACAAAAUCUGUGGCGAAACGCAUCGCAGCAGCCUUCGACUGAUACCCAUACAGGUACCUCUCAAAAUGAUUUGGACUCCUUGGCUGCUAGAGAGCUUCUGGAAGAGGCAACUAGAUACAAUGAAACAUGGGACGAACGUGGGAAGUCAGAUGCAAAUCUUUCCAUUCCUCUUAUGAUGCAGAACAAAGUGCCCGACGGAUUCGAAACUGAUGAAAAACUUAAUGUGACAUUGAGGCCGGAUGAGCCAGAUGAUGCAGUUUACGAUGAGAUACCAGUUGAACAAUUUGGAUUUGCCAUGCUGAGAGGAAUGGGAUGGAAAGAGGGAAUGGGUAUUGGGAAAAAUUCGAAAGUGAUCGCCCCAAUAGAAGCUACUCUUCGCCCAAAGGGUCUAGGUCUCGGUGCGGACAGAAGUCAGGCAUCUAGCGUAGCCAAAAAGAAAGAAAAGAGACUUGAAGAUACUAAUGAAAAUGAUUUGUGUAUUAUGAAGAAAGGUGCACAUUGUGUUAUUGUGGAUGGAAAGCACAAAGAUCUGUAUGGUAUCGUUGAAGGUAUUGAUGAAGACAAUGCCAGAGUUGUUGUUCAACUUACACUCAGUGGCCAAACUGUGACAGUAAUGCAAUUCUGUGUAAGGGUCGUAGAUGCUAAGGAAUAUGAAAAAUAUUCGAAAUAUCUGAACAAGGGCAAAGCAGACAAAUACAGAGACGAAGACAAACAACAAAAUGGACGUGAUCGUCAAGAGAAAAUUAUCAGAGAUGACGACAAAAAGAGCCACAGCAAUAAACGCAAAAGUAGAGAAGCUAUCGACGACCAAAGUACCAGAGACAGUAAAAAACAGCUGAAAUGUAGUAUGGAGGUGGCUUCCAAAAGCAGGCAUCAUAGAUCACAGUCAGCAGUGUGUGUUUCUACAGGCAAGAUGUGGCUUUGUCCAAAUCUAAGAGUGCGUAUAGUAGACAAAAAAUUUAAAGGUGGCAGGUAUUACAAAGAAAAAGUAGUGGUCCUUGAUAUGGUCAGCGCUGAUUCAGCUGUGUGCAGAACUGAUGAUGGGAAGGUUCUGGAGGGACUAACACACUCUAUGGUAGAAACCGUGAUUCCCAAAAGUGAUGAGUCACAUGUGAUGGUAUGUCAUGGAUCAUACAAGCAGCACCUAGCAAAACUUGUCCAAAAGAAUAAAGAUAAAUGUAUUGCUUUAGUCCAGCUACUUAAGGACAGGGACACUGUUCUUGAAAUGGAGUUUGACCAUAUUUGUGAAUAUACUGGCAAUGUGGAUGAAGAAUUUGAUUAUUGACAUUUUACUGGUAAUGUUUAUAUAUGUUUAUAUGCAAUGAUUUGCUUUAAAUAGAGGUUAUCAUCAUCACUUACAAUUACUUACAUCAUCAUAUACUGCAUUUAGGUGCCAAUCAUUGAAGGGGAUUUUUAUUUAUAAUUUUGCUUCAGUUACUUCUAUGUUACAAUUUUUAUUUUUCAUGAUGUUCUUCACUUUAAAACUGUAAAAGUUAAUGGGACUGUUGAAGUGAAUAAUGUUUAUCUUUUAGCGAAAGAAAGUGGGACAAAUAUUUUAUGACCAGGCCGGCCAUCUCAAAGAGUAGAGGAAAACCAAGUAAGAUGUUGAGAAGUGAAGAAUAUGUACCUGCAAGCAAUAUAGCUGAGAGACUAAUAAUAAAGGAAAUUCCUUUCAUCCAAUGAUGCAUGUCCUUUUCAAUAACUGUGUAUCAAAGUUGUUAAAAGCUAGUGCACUGUUGAUUUAAAAAAAAAAAGACUAACUUUUUGGUCAUUACAGUAGUGAAAGAAUAAAUAUUAUUUAACUAGGGAUUUGAAAAUCACCACUUCUUAACAACGAGCACCUGCAGAGAUCAAAGAUAUUAUUCAUGGUGUUUUCAGCCGUUAAAAUUUCCACAUUAUUUUUUCGUUGGAUGUGACCAAGUACUUAUGAUUUCUUUGAACAGUGUGCAAGUACAGUACAUAAACAUAUAUCACAGAUGUAUUUGAAUGUGUGUUGUGUUGACCAUAUGUACUUUGGGAUUGUGGAUAAGGUUUAUUUUAUGGGAAAAUUAUAGUGUAUAUAACACUGAACAACCUUUGAUCAACAAUUAUCAUGUAAAAUUUGUCAAGUAAUUCAUUGUUCCAGUAAAUGAUGUUUUAUUAAGUGGAAUUCAAUUUCUUUUUUCAGAUUUUAAGACUUUUUUCAAAAUAUAUAUUUUAUGAGUCUUC